GUCUAGUGUAACUAUAUCUUUGUCCUGUUAAAUUAUAUGCAAAAUUGUAGAAGACUCCUCUAUCUUAUUUGCUCGUCGUGACCUUGUCAACGUUAAUAAGUUUGAUAAUAGUGUUUAUUAUAUUCGCAUUCACAGAAGGAAAUAUUUAGUUAUGGAGUUAAUACGCGUAAAUACAAGUAUGAAUUUGAAUAAAUUUCUCAUUCUUAAUAGAAGAUUGCAUUUGCUAAAGAGCAAGGCUUACAUAAAUGGAGAUUGGGUAAAUGCACAGAGCAACAAGACGUUCUCAGUGUUAGAUCCAUCGACCGACAAACCCAUCGGCACUGUGCCUGAUAUGGAUGCCACAGAUGCUAAAAGAGCGGUGGAUGCUGCCGCCGAGGCCUUCAAAACUUGGAGAAACACAACUGCUAAGGAACGGUCAUAUGUACUCCGAAGAUGGUUCGGCAUAUGCAAAGAAAACAGAGAUAACGUAGCGGCUAUUUUAACAGCGGAAGCUGGUAAACCACUCUCAGAAUCUUUAGGGGAAUUCGAUUACGGGAACGCGUUUUUAGAAUUCUUUGCUGACACUGCACGCCAUAUCAAUGGUGAAAUCGUAUCAAGCCCAUGGCCAAAUAAACAGAUAUUAAUAACUCGACAACCCCUUGGUGUAGUGUCUGUUAUAACCCCUUGGAAUUUCCCCUAUGCUAUGAUUACCAGGAAAGUGGGUGCACUGAUGGCUGCAGGGUGUACGUGUGUUAUAAAACCAUCUGAAGACACUCCUCUGACAGCUUUAGUUGCAGCUCAGUUAGCUGAACAGGCUGGAGUGCCGAAAGGAGUUAUCAAUGUUAUCACAUCGAGUAGAGAAAAUGCUGCAGCUGUUGGGAAAGUUAUGUGUCAAGAUCCCAAUGUAGGCUGCGUAUCAUUCACGGGCUCAACGUUUGUUGGAAAGAUUCUGUAUGGUCUCGCUGCUAGUGGUGUGAAAAGAGUCGCUCUAGAACUUGGUGGUAAUGCCCCAUUUAUUGUGUUUCCUAGCGCUGACCUGGAAUAUACAGUAGACCAAGCCUUGUUGGCAAAAUUUAGAAAUGCAGGGCAAGCUUGUGUUGGUGCUAAUCGAUUUCUUAUUCAUAAAGAUGUUUUUGAUGAGUUCGUUACCAUAUUCAAGAAUAAAAUUUCGGCAAAAAUAAAGUUAGGACCUGGUACUAAUCCAGGUGCUAAUUGUGGUCCUCUUAUUAAUGCUACACAAGCAAAAAUGGUAGCAUCAUUAGUUGAUGAGGCUGUUUCAAAAGGAGCAAAAGUGGAAAUUGGCGGCAAGUACGCCAAGCAAUUUGGUACCAAUUUUUAUGAGGCUACAUUGUUAGUGGGUGUUAAACCUGAUAUGAAAAUAUACAGUCAAGAGAUAUUUGGUCCUGUAGCUGUUUGUUCAAAAUUCAACACUGAAGAUGAAGCAUUGCAAAUUGCGAAUAACACAAGAAGCGGUUUGGCAUCUUAUGUCUUCACAAAAGACCUUGGUCAAGCAUUCAGGAUGUCUAGAGAACUGGAGUUUGGGAUGGUUGCAAUUAAUGAUGGCAUUUUGUCUGCUCCUGAACCUCCAUUCGGGGGUAUUAAGGAAUCGGGCAUUGGCAGGGAAGGGAGCAGACAUGGGGUUGAAGAAUAUACAGAUAUAAAAUAUACUCUAUUUUCUGGUUUGGCAAAAGGAAUGUAAGCUGUUGGAUAUUCAUUCUAUACAACAGCUGUUGUUGUUAACUCGUAAAUAUUAUAAUUUUGUCUAUUGUUGAAGAGUUGUAACAUAUGCUGCAUUUUAAUAUGUAUUAUUAGUC